AAAAAAAAAAAUUCAGAGCUUCCAGUCUUCCUCUGCACUCUUCUCCUCUGACGAAGUCGACCGUUUCUUCCUCCUACAAAAGAGCCCUCCUCCCUCGCGAGACAUCUCUGCGGCAGAAGCGAACGCCUCGCAGGUAACCUCCAUUCGCGAGCAAGGCACCGGAAGAAGAAGGAGAAGAACAAGUGGAGGAGGAGGAGGAGGAGGAGGUGGUGGUUCGUCAUGUUCCAUUCGCUGAGCCUCUCGAGAAAGGGACCUCUGGGCUCCGUAUGGGUGGCUGCUUACUACCACAAACGCCUCAAGAAAGCUCAGGUCGCCGAGACCGACAUUCCCAUCUCCAUCGAUAAGAUUUUGCAGGAUGAAUUAAAUGUUGUCACGUAUAGAGUGUUAGGCUACUUUCUCCUCGGGGUUGUGAGAAUAUACUCGAAGAAGGUGGAGUAUUUGUUUAACGACUGUCAUAAGGUGCUUAUCAAAGUGAAGGAAUUUGUGGUAAGUGAGAAUGGAAAACAUGGCUCAUGUGCUGAUAUACUGGGUGCUCCUCGUAGCUCGAUCAGUCUCCCAAAGAGAUUCGAACUCGAUGCUUUUGAUCUGGAGAUUGUUGACGAUGUUAGUAGGGGUAAUCUGAUGCUGCCGGAAGAGAUCACCCUUCCAGAUGAUAUGUGGAGAAAUAAGGAAAUAGCCCAGUCCUCUCUAAGGAAGGUACAAGCGCGUCAUUGGGAAGAAGGAACCGCUCAUUUCGACAGUUCCUCCUCUGACUAUACUGCAGUGAAAGAUGAUCUUCCAUCUCAUUCUCAUGUGAUGGACACUGAUCACGGAACGGGUGCAUCAGAUUAUCAGAAUUACACCAGCAUGGAGAGGCUUCGAGAUGAUAGAUUUCAAGAAGGAUGUUCAUAUUCUCUCACUUUUCUCGGCGUUGGAGGAAGUUCUUUAGACCCUGACUGGUGGUUUGGUGAAGAUAAUCACGCUGAUGAGCAGCAGAUGAGUCCUAAGGAGGUAUCACCAGCCAGUGGUGAGAAGCUUCAGGAUGAGAUAGAUCUUCAGAAACCAGACAAGAAUUCUUUGACAGAUGGGACUGGCAUGGAACCUUCAGCCCUACUUGACACAUUUUUGGAGGAGCAUUUUUCCCAUCCACAGACACUGAAGCUACCUGAACUGCUGUUAACUGAAACCAGAGAGCAUGAGGUUCUCAAAACACCAGAAAAGCAAGAUGUUCAAGGUGCUCCUACAUCUGAUUUCAUGCUUAUUCCGACACCUACCCCCAAGGAGCGUCCGCGGACAAAGAGGAAAAGGAAGGGCCUAUAUGAUGAUCUAAUUGUGCUGCCUAAUGCGGCCAUCAAGAAAAGCAUUCGUGACGCAAGUGACUUGGUGUGCAAACGAAGGAAGGCUCCUCAUAAUGACUAUGCUGUGUGGAAAGCCACUAGAUUGUCCAAUGCGACCAUUAGGUUCUUUGAGCCCCUCCUUCCUUCAGGUACUUCGGCAGACCUCAGAAAUCUCUUUCUUAGGAAAGAUAUUGACUACUUGGUACCUCAGGAAGCUGCUGGAGUUUGUGAAAAGGGCGACAGACCAGAGACUUUGGGACCUCAGGAAGCUGCAGGAGUUUGUGAAAAGGGCAAUUUACUAGAAGUUUGUACCGAUGAUAACGCAGUUGAGUUGGGAAUAGCCCCAGAAACACCAGUCCAACGCUCAUCAUCAAGGAGACCCUUUGAAAGCCCAAAUGUUAGUACCCCAGAUGGAACGAAGCCCGAAAAAUCCAAUGAAAUUGCAAGUUUGGGUCAAGACGUGCCCAUGGUUGAGGAUCAAGAUCUUGGUUUUAGUCUAAUGAAUGAGGAGUUGAGCUCAUCUGCAGGACAUAACCACGAUGAAUGUGGAUGGACGGGGAGAACAAGGCAAGAUCAUUUAACUUGGUUGAAUCUGUUUAUAAUUGUGGCAAGACACUUGCAAAGGAUAUCCAAUAAACAAAGUAAAAGCGGGGAGGAAGAUGUGCUUCUCUUGUUGCAAGUUUCACAGGGGAAAACAAAAAAGGAAAGUGCAAGGCUCUUCUAUGAAAUACUGGUGCUGAAAAGCAAGGGAUACAUCGAAGUAGAGCAAGAGAAGGCUUAUGGCGACAUUCUCCUGGGGAGGCUUCCCAAAUGGGAACAAGCUUUUGGAGCUGAUGGCCCAUGAGUAAGAUUAGAUUGGACAGGAUCGGAUUAAUGCACAUAAAGUUUUGAGCUUUCUUCGCAGUGUACAGUCGGAUCGCAGGUUAGGUUCAGGAGUUCAGGUCCCUUGUAGUGAAUCUGUACAUAAAAGUUAGAGACCUCAUUUCAUGUAGAUGACAUUUCUGAGUUGGUU